AAUAAAUGUAAUUACAGACAGAAUUUGACUUUUGCUCCGACUGACCAAUCCUGCCUUUUAGCAGACCGUAUCGUGUUCUAGACGACAAAAUGCCGUUUAGAUUUGCGACACAAGCGUCUUGAAGUUACUUACAGUUACUUAUCACAGAAAUGGCCGCGAACGUGGACGGCGUUUUCCGAAAAAGUUUGCAAAAUGCAAUUCUCAAGAGUAAAGUUCUCGUCGUGGGUGCUGGUGGUAUUGGCUGUGAGAUUCUUAAAAACUUAGUGAUGACAGGUUUCAAUGAUAUUGAAAUUAUCGAUUUGGAUACUAUCGAUGUAAGCAAUUUGAACAGGCAAUUUCUAUUUCAAAAGCAGCACGUUGGUAAAUCGAAAGCAGCAGUAGCUCGUGAAACAGCUUUAACGUUCAACCCUGAUGUAAAGAUAAUUCAUUACCAUGACAGUAUUAUGUCAUCUGAAUAUGGGUUAUCUUUUUUUAAGAAGUUUACGGUAGUAUUAAAUGCUUUGGACAAUCGAGCUGCACGAAAUCAUGUCAAUCGAAUGUGUUUAGCAGCUGAUGUACCAUUAAUUGAAUCUGGGACGGCAGGUUACGAUGGACAAGUAGAAUUAAUAAAGAAAGGAUUGAGUCAGUGUUAUGAAUGUAUGCCGAAGGCGGCACAAAAGACGUUCCCUGGUUGUACGAUAAGAAAUACACCAAAUGAACCUAUUCAUUGCAUUGUUUGGGCAAAACAUUUGUUUAAUCAGUUGUUUGGAGAACUUGAUCCUGAUCAAGAUGUAUCUCCAGAUACUGCGGAUCCAGAAGCAACAGAUGGGGCUGGUGAAAAUGCAUUGAAUACAAAUUCAAAUGAAAAGGGAAAUGUAGACCGUGUAUCAACUCGGACUUGGGCUCAGUCUUGUAAUUAUGAUCCAGAAAAAAUAUUUACAAAACUGUUUCAUGAUGAUAUCAAGUACCUUCUAAGUAUGGAUAAUUUAUGGAAAAAGAGGCGACCACCUACACCUCUAGAAUACGGAAACCUCCCAGAUGGAGUGGCUGGCUGCAGCAAAGAUACAACUGAACCUGGACUAAGGGAUCAACAACAGUGGAGUAUAUUCAAAUGUGGCUUAGUGUUUGCCGAGUCUAUAAAGAACUUGAGCAAAGCUUUGGCACUUUGUCAAGAAAAAUCAGAAAAUGAUCAUCUAGUCUGGGAUAAAGAUAAUAAAGAUGCAAUGGAUUUCGUUGCAGCGUGCGCUAAUAUUCGGGCGCAUAUAUUUGGAAUUCCCGAAAAAACCCGUUUUGAUAUCAAAUCCAUGGCAGGCAAUAUAAUUCCAGCGAUAGCGACUACAAAUGCAAUCAUUGCUGGUGUAGUGGUGUUGCACGCAUUCCAUGUUUUGGAGGACAAUUUGAAAGCCUGUAGAUCUAUAUACUUGAGGUUAAAAGCAAACCACCGAAAUCAAUUAUUAGUACCUGAAAAAUACGUAAAUCCUCCUAAUCCUAAGUGCUACGUAUGUGCACCAACGCCACAGGCUGUCCUCGCAGCUGAUACUACCAAAAUGACCAUUAAAGAACUAGAAGAGUCGGUACUUAAAAAUCGACUGAACAUGAUUGCACCCGAUGUUAUGAUCGACGGUAAAGGCAUAGUUGUUAUAAGCAGUGAAGAAGGAGAGACCGAACAAAAUAACGAGAAAAUUUUGGAAGAGCUCGGUAUCAAGGAUGGUACUAUUCUUAAAGUAGACGACUUCCAUCAAAAUUAUUCGCUAACUGUUACCGUAGUACACAGAGACCGACCUCCUUUAAAAGAUGACAGUCCCGAUUUCAUAAUUACUGGCGAAGAUGAGGAUUUGAAGCCAAAAGAAGAAGCUACAAUAGAGAAGCCAUCGACAUCGAAUGGACAGGUUGAUAAUGGAGAUGAAGAUGCCAUUAUCAUCGAAGAAACAGAGAUCAGUCAACCAUUAGAACCGGAAGUAGCCAAGAAAAGGAAGACGGAUUCACCUCCUGAAAUUGUUACGAAGAAGCGUAAGAUAGAAGAGAAUAAUGUGUGUGAUGAUAUUUGCAUUAUCGACGAUAACAUGGAUGCACAGACCACACCAAAAGUGUCUGCCAACGAAGAAUGUAAAACAAAGAUAAAAAAAAAGCAAAGUGCUUCUAGCGAGGACGAUUGUUUAAUAAUAUUUGAUGAUGCUAACAAUGUUAGUGCUGCUGAGAAAGAAAAACGAUCGUGCCAUUAAGAAGUGGAUACCGAAGUUUUCGAGUACAUAAUAUUUAUUGUGUAUGUCGUGUCCAAUCGAGGACACAAAAUCCUUGAAGAAACGUUGAUCUUGGUAUAAAUACGAACACUCAGUUUUCUUUUUACUGUACAUCCGAAGUUAUAAGGUUGUAAACGACAAUUAAAAUUCCUUUUUAUACCUUAAA